CUGGGACUUGAGCAGGAACAGCCAAAGGGUUUGUUUCCUUGACCCUGCUGCAGUAUGAAGCUUUCCAUUGGCAUCAUUUUCUGUUUCCUGGUACUGGGUGUCAGCAGCCAGGGAUGGCCAACAUUCAUUCAGGAAGCUGGCCAAGGGGCUAAAGACAUGUGGAGAGCAUACUCUGAUAUGAAAGAAGCCAAUUACAAAAAUUCGGACAAAUACUUCCAUGCUCGGGGGAACUAUGACGCUGCCCAACGGGGACCUGGGGGCGAAUGGGCUGCUAAAAAGAUCAGUGAUGCCAGAGAGAAUAUUCAGAGAUUCAUGGGCCACGGAGCAGAGGAUUCAUUGGCUGACCAGGCUGCCAACCAAUGGGGCCGGAGUGGCAAAGACCCCAAUCACUUCAGACCUGCCGGUCUGCCUGAUAAGUACUGAGCUUCCUCUGCACUCUGCUUUCAGGAGACCAGGCAUUUGAACUAGAUUUACUGAAUUCUACU